AUGAAGUACGUCGCCCUCCUCAGCGGCGGCAAGGACAGCUGCUACAACCUCCUCCACUGCCAACGCAAUGGCCACGACCUCGUCGCCGCUGCAUCUCUUGGUCCCGAACAAGGCAAAGAGGAAAUCGACUCAUAUCUCUUCCAGACCGUAGGACAGGAUGCGAUCGAAUUUGUCGCCCAUGCCCUAGAUGUUCCUCUAUACAGGAAAAACAUUCUUGGCGCAGCUGUAGAGCAAGGAUCAGAGUACGGAGGCAGGCAUCCCGAAGAGAGCAGCGGUGUACCUGGAGAUGAGACCGAGGACCUGCACGCCCUCCUGUCUGCGGUCAAAGCGGAGCAUCCCGACAUCCAGGGCGUCGCCAUAGGUGCGAUCCUAUCCAAUUACCAGCGUGUUCGCAUGGAACAUGUAUGCCGACGUCUUGGUCUCACUCCGUUAUGCUACCUUUGGCAACGAGACCAGAUCGAGCUUCUCUCGGAGAUGAUCGAGGCAGGCAUGGAAGCAGUUCUCAUCAAGGUGGCUGGUGUCGGACUCAAGCCUGAGCACCUCGGGAAGACUCUCGUCGAGAUGCGACCGACGUUACUCAGUCUGCACGAGCUGUACGGUUCUCACAUCUGCGGAGAGGGUGGCGAAUACGAGACGCUCACCUUGGACUGUCCUCUGUUCAAGCAGCGCAUUCAGCUAGUUGAGACGGAGACGGUAAUACAUUCCGACAACGACUUUGCCGUGGUCGCGUAUCUGCGCAUCAAAGAUGCAGUCCUCAAGCCUAAAUACAACCAGGUCCCUCCGAACCCCGUCAUUCCUCCCCUUCUGACUCCUGACUUUGAGGCACUGCGUGAUGCUGUCGCAGCGUCGUUGUCAACUUCGUCAGCAAGCACCACGACACUCCUUGCUAACACAGUAGAGUCUGUCGCUCCUCCUGGGAUCGAUGACAAUGGUUCCUCCAGCCGUCAAAUCGGCCGUUGGGUAGCAAUUACGAACAUCACGAGUUCUUCCUCGGUCGAAAAUCCAGAGUUCUCAGUAGAGGACGAGGUGCGCGUAUGCUUCCAAGAGCUGCAAGCCCAACUCUCCCAAUAUUCCCUUAAGCUAGCCAAUUGCUCCAUCAUCAACAUCUUCCUAUCCUCCAUGGACUACUUCGUUGCCGUGAACGGCGUAUACGCGACCUAUUUCGGGACAAGUCCGCCUGCCCGCGCGUGCGUCGCGAUCGACCUGCCUCCGCACACGCGCGUCAUGCUCGACUGCGUCGCGUUUGCAGAGGACAAGCCUGCGGACCGCCAGGCACUGCACGUCCAAGGCCUGAGCUACUGGGCGCCAGCGAAUAUUGGGCCGUACUCGCAGGCAAUCAUCGUCGACGAGCGUGUCUUCAUUUCAGGCCAGAUCGGACUCUUACCCAGCAGCCUUACACUUCCCGCCCCAGUCUCACUAUCGACCGAGACCGCACUGUCGUUCCAGCACGUCGAGCGGAUCGUCAGCACUCUCAAGAAUAACUCGGGCGGCGGCUGGGAGGGACACGGUCAAGCAAACUUGUACUGGCUCGCUCAUGCAAGUGACGUGCCUCACGUAAAGAAAGCGUCGGCAUUGUUCAGCAAAGUUGCCUCCGCACCGACUUUGUUCUUGGUCGUCUCUGCCCUCCCCAAAGGAGCACUUGUCGAGAAACAAGUCCUCCUGCAUACGGGGCAGUACCUCUUGCCGGACGAGGAAGACGAGCUGACCAUGAGAGAUCACGAAGGCGAGGACGGCGCGGGUCUUCACUGGGAGGCAUCAGUCUUCAGUGAGACGACGGCCUCAGUGGCAAUGAUCUGCGUCCGAGGGGAUGCGCACAGUGCUGUCCCAGGGCUGCAUAACGUUACUGAGGUCAACCAAGUACUGUCUCGCGCUCUGUCCAUCCGGCUCUUCUACCAACCAUCCAGGACGUCGUCAUUCGCCGACAUUUUUUCGACGCUAUUCGCACCUCACGAACGUCCACCUGUGACUUACAUCCCCUGCCGACACAUCUCGACACGCGACCACGAUGACUGGGACUACGCUAUGGUAAUAAUCGGUGCCUAG